AUGUGCGAUAAUAGCAGAGUGAAGAAUAGCAAUGAUGACGAGGCUAAGCAUACUGUUAGUGACGAGCCUGUGGGGAAGCUGGAUCAAGUGGAAUUCAGUACUAGAGAGGAUGACGAGGAUGUGCUUUUCGAAGCCACAGCAAAACUGUAUAUAUUUGUAAAUGAUCGGAUGAAAGAGAGGGCUACGGGUCGUGCGAAGUUGUUGAAACAUAAAAAGGGUGGUUUCGUGCGAUUCUUGCUGAGAAGAGAUAUUACGCAUAUUAUAGCUUCGAAUCAUCGUAUAAUCAGUGGUAUGAAGCUUAGAACUUACUCGAACGAGCGCGUCUUCUCUUGGAUGACAUCAUCUGAUUUCGUAGGCGGAGCAAGCAACAAGGAAGUAUUUAAGAUCCGAUUUAUAACCGUUGAGGCUGCCACUGAAUUUAAGGCCAAGUUCGAGGAGAGCGUGAAGGCGGAUGUGUCGUCUGACCAUGCCAGCGAAAACAAUCAGAAAAGUCGUGAAACAGAGGAUGAAACUGUCCAGCCAUCUCUCUCACUUGCUAGGCCCUCUAUUUGGAGUGCUUCAUUUGGUGAUACUUGGGAGUGUCAGGGGUGUCUGUGUUCAUACAAGCGGUUGAUAGACAUAUGCCCUGCAUGUGGUAUGGGCAAAGAUGGCAGCGUGCCAGCUCCUGAGGUCAAGGCCGCGUCUACGACCACUCUCAGUUGUGAAGUAUCUCCACCCACGGCGACUUCUGCUACUGGUGCAGACCCGCCCAAGGAAACUGGACCGCCUGCAUUAAGCGAUGGUCCAUCUGCAUUGAGCGGAGGUUCAUCUGUAUUUGGCGCUGGCUUAUCUUCGUUUGGCGCUUCUUCUAAAUAUGACUCUCAAAGUAAGCCUGUCGCAGCACCAUUUAGCACUGCUUCAACUGCAUCUGGGACUCGAUCUGGAACGGGAUUCGGAAUUACCCCUGAAACAAAGCCUACAGUGAAAACAAGGGUUUUAGG